AGUUCGUUAUUUGUUUCCUUUGUAAUCAGAAGUUAUUAAAAACAUGAAAUUCUUUAUUGUUUUGUUUGCUGUCAUCUGCUCAGCCUUUGCAGCUCCACAAUUUGGUGGUGGUUUCGGUGCAUCAGGAUCAGCUGCUAAUGCUGGUGCUUCAUCGCAAACAUUCAACCAGGGUGGUGGAUACAGCCCAUAUGGCGGUUUCGGUGGUGGCGGACUUUCAGCUUCAUCAGCUAAUGCUGCUGCAAGCAGUCAAAGCUUCAACCAAGGAGGUGGAUUCGGAGGCCAUGGUGGCGGAUACCCAGGCGGUUAUGGCGGUCAUGGAGGAUACGGCCAGGGAGGCUUCGGUGGUGGCGGAUUCCACGGUUAAAAAAAUAUUUCCCGUUAAAUAAAUUACUGAAUAAAUAAAAUUUAAAUAAAAAUAUUCCAAGAAAUAAUUGCGAUACGUAACUUU